AUGGAGAAGAGAGCUCAGGCCACUGAGUCUCUCAUCCGAACAUCGAGUGGCCAGGCGGCCCUCGACUAUGCUGUUCAGGCUGCAGAGCUUUACAUGAGAGCUGCCGGAGAGGCUUCGACCAAAAAGGAUGCCGCUCGUUUGCGUUUGAAAUGUCAACAACUCAUUGCCCAGGCUGAGAAGCUCAAGGCUGAGCUCACACAAACGCCCAGUGUCUUGUUACGAACCUCAAAACUUCACUCUAAUCUCUUUCCCCCAUGGACGAAAGAGCCCUCGGACCAAGAAUUCCAGCUUGUCCCUGGCGAUGAGCCUUUCACAGAAGAUCUAGAAGUUGAUAAGCUCUGGAGACGAAUCAAGAAUGCACACGACUCUGAGAACGUGGUGGUCACCCUGGGUACUGGCCGAAUCUCUGCCGAAGAAGAGGAUAUCCUGGGUCUUAUUGGAGAGCACGACUAUGCCAUCAUGGAUCUUGAAAUGAUUGGCGACAGCCGGAGGCUUUUGGUCAAAAACCCUUGGUGUGACGGACCGGUUUGGAAGGGAGGCGUUCCUCAGCCAUUUGACGCCGAAUCGCCAACCCCAUAUGCCGCCAGCCCUCAACACCAACCCCCCCCUUCAGUCGCUGGCUCUUUCUGGAUGAUUCUGGAAGAUGUCCUCCAACACUUCGAGUCCAUGUACCUGAACUGGAACCCUGCUCUAUUUCCCCAUCGUCAGGACCACCACUUUACCUGGCGCAUGCCUCCACCUGAGUUGUCUUCAUCGUUGGUUCGCAACCCACAGUACUCACUCCGGUCGACAGCUGGCGGGCCGGUGUGGAUUCUCGUGAGUAGACAUUUUGUGGACGAAGAGUUGGAAAUUGCUCGGAGCAGGACCGACUCAAUGGCAGCUGCCUCUGGACAGCUUGGCUACAUGAGCAUUCUUGUCUUCGAAAACGACGGCCACAGGGUGCAAGUAAGCGACGGUGAUGUCUAUCGUGGACCUUAUGUCGACUCUCCUCAGACUCUCGCUCGUUUCGACACGAGCCCAGGGAGACGGUAUACCAUCGUUGUCGACCAGCACGAGUUCCCGCUACCAGACUACACCCUCACACUCUCUUUCCUCUCCCAAGAUUUGCUUGCAGUCAGAGAAGCUGAAGACGAAAUGACUUGCACAAGGGAGGUUGCUGGCUCUUGGACCAGGAGGACUGCAGGAGGCAGCGCUGCUUGCACGACCUACGCUACAAACCCCCAGUACAAGCUAUCACUUGCUCAAGCAGGACCUCUAUCUGUCCUACUGUCAACGAAUAUGCAGGAUAUCCAUGUGCAUAUCGAUUUAGUCUGGUCCCAGGGCAAGCGGGUGCAGACACUCAAGGCUCGGGACCUUGCGGGCUCCUCUGGGGAAUAUCGCCGAGGCUGUGCUGUGGUCAACAUUCCACAAAUUGAUGCUGGAGUGUAUACUGUGGUGUGUUCGACUUUCGACCAAGGCCAAUCGGCAGACUUUGUCCUCCGUAUUUCAUCCAUGACGAACGUGGAAGUACAACCCGUACCCGCCGAUGCUGCUGGGAGACUCCGCAAGACACUGAGCCCUUUCCAGCUCUCGGACGGUGAAGAAGUGAGGCGUGCGCAGUUAUCGGCAUCUUGGUUAACUCGAAUGAGUGUCACAGCACGCAGCGUCACGAGCCCAGACAUCGAUCCCAGUAACCGACCUUCAUCUACUCUGAUGGUACGAGUUUCCGUGGCUCAUGGAUGGGAUCCUGAGCGAAUCACGAUCGUAACUUCCGGCGACGGCGAAUACGAAGAACUCAAAUCAAUCGUACGAACCCCUGAGCUUGACAUGGAGCCAGCAAGGAUACAGCGGGAGGGCAUGUGGUUAGUGAUCGAGAGUAUGGGCGCACCUCAAGUAGGAGAGUGCAUUGAGAUAGAGAUUCACAGUGACGGACCUGUUAGUGUAGGGCGGUGGACGCUUGUCUAG